UGUGUUUCACUUUGCAAGUAAAUUUAAAAUCGGGAAUUCCAAGUCUCAUUUUUCUAUUUCAAACCAAAUCAAUGAUGUUUGCAUAAGCAGUCAAAUCAUUAACUUUCCUAUCAAAAGUUCCGUGAACUCUUUGACGCGCUGUGUUAUUCUAAAUUUACGAGUAUGUGCAUGGCUGUAAUUAAACAAUUUAACUGAAACGCUUAUUAAACUAAUGAGUAAUUACAAUAUCCGCCAUAAACACAUCAAGUAAUUUUACAAAUGAGGAGAUAAAUCAUAUGUGCAAUGGAGCCGCUCGAAUUUUUUUCAAUACAAACCUGGAUGAACCAAACCUUCACACUCUACUUAUUCCACAUUUGAGAUUUGAAUCACUAACAUGAAGGUGACGUACGUAAUUCAGGCCCAUUUUAUAUUAGUGAUUAAGUGUGGUUUGAGUGAUAGUGAUAAUAACACCACCACAGAACCAGCAUUUGAUAACAACACUGACGUGGUAUCCGAUACAACCACCGCUAUUGAAACAACAACUCCUGACACGAAUUUUGGUACUAGAGGUUUUUACGGUGGUUCGUAUUACAACGCAAAGGCUUGUAACCCCCACAACAUCCACUACAUCCAUGGUAGCUACCAAGCACCCAUCAGAGAUUACUACAGAGUCCAAAAAUAUUUCCGCGACCAUGGUUCCGAUGAGACUUUCGAUUAUUACUUAGGGUACGGCUUGAGCAAAAUGACCGACAUUGAUUUCCAGUACCAUGACUACCAUUAUUACUACCAUGACAUCAAUAGAACCAUUUCCGACAAUGAGACAAUUCCGUCCGACCAUGUGAUUAGUUGUCAUCCAAAUGCAACGUUUUUGUGCCCCGAAAAUUCAGAAACGGUUUGUUUAUUAAAUGGUACCGUUUAUUGUAUGUCUAAAAUAAGUGUAGUGGUACCCUGCGACCAUGAUAAUAAUAUUAUGUGUAUUAAAACUACGGUACCAUGUGUACGAGCUUGUAUUUCAGUGGCGUAUGAUUUUGAAACAAUUUUUUUGCCUUGUUUGGCCAGUAUUGAAAUAGAAGAUGUUUAUGAAGACGAUAAAGGAAUGAGUAUUAGUACGGUUGGCGGUACUUUUGUUCUAGUACCAGCGUUGACAAAGAUCGAGAGAAUGUAUUGUGUGACGGUUAUUAUUGACCCAGAACCAAAAGAAGAAGAGUCGUAACAAAUUUUAUUGUAUUUAAAUAAAAAUUUAGAAACAAUAAAUUUUUAGAAAAAAAAAUACUUGGUUUUACUGCCCUUAA